CUUGGCCGUUAAGUAGAAAAGCGAAGUAUUUAUAUUUUCCCCAAACUGAAAAAAAUAAAUCCCCUCCAAAAGACCUAAUUGGUUUUAUUCUAAUUUCAUUGUUCAAGCUUGAUUUCACCUUGAAAAAAGAAACAGAGAGUGUCUUAAUUAGGGUUUUCUAAUACUCUUUUGUAACCAAGGGCAAUUGGAAUUAAAAAUUCAGUUGGGCGAUGGAAACUGGGGACCCGAACUCUGGAGAAUCACGUACAUCUUUGGUGGCACCAAAUGAUGGUUUCAGAAAUGAAGGGCUUAUCCCUCAGUUAUUUACUUCUGUCCCAGCCCUCAACGAAGCUGCUUCAUAUCUCUCCCAAACAACUUCAUAUUUGACUAGAUGCUUCACUGAAUCUGCUCAACCAAUGAGUAGAGUGAAUGCCCAGGAACUAGCAACACUUUCAUUUGGUACCAGCAGAUCAUCGUCUACCGAUGGUGAAUCUUCGUAUGGGAGAUGUUCAACAAAUUCUUUAACGACUACUGCUGCUCCAUCUGUACAUGAUGUGCCAAUAAGAGGGUCACCUACACAUACAUCCGAGGAAACUACACAAAAUACGGUAUCAACUCAGACUGGUUUUAACGGAUUAUCCAUGUUCCAAGGUCUUAUUUCCCGGGCACGGAAGACGGUUCGUGGAUCAGCAGAUGAUAUUGGUUGGCUUCAGCGCGCAUCAGGAUUACCACCGGUUGAAGACGGAACAAAGAGAUUUGAUGAAUUGCUUGGCAACAUAAGACAUGGCGUACACACAUUGCCAAACUCGAUGGUUUAUUUAUUGGUUCCAGGUCUUUUCAGCAACCAUGGGCCACUUUAUUUUGUGAAUACCAAAACGUUUUUCUCAAAGUUGGGUCUGGCUUGCCAUAUUGCUAAGAUACACAGUGAGGCUUCAGUUGAGAAAAAUGCACGCGAGAUAAAAGAUUAUAUUGAAGAAAUAUAUUGGGGGUCUGGGAAGCGUGUUAUGCUUCUCGGGCACAGCAAAGGUGGAGUUGAUGCAGCGGCAGCAUUGUCUAUAUACUGGCCUGAUCUUAAAGAUAAGGUUGCAGGCUUAGCAUUAGCGCAAAGCCCAUAUGGAGGUAGCCCAAUAGCUUCUGAUAUACUGCGAGAAGGGCAACUUGGUGAUUAUGUGCAAUUCGUAAAAAUUAUGGAGAUCCUGAUCUGUAAAGUCAUUAAGGGUGACAUGCAAGCUUUAGAAGACUUGACAUAUGAAAAGCGGAAGGACUUCCUAAUGAAGAACCACUUACCAAGGGAACUCCCGGUCGUUUCUUUCCACACAGAGGCUGGAAUUGCCCCUGGGAUACUAGCAAUGUCUCACGUUGCGCAUGCGGAGCUUCCUCUGGUCCCAACUCUUUCAAUGGGAGGUAGCAGCAGCAGCCAAUCCACAAAACUCCCGGUUGUUAUGCCACUUGCUGCUGCAAUGGCUGCAUGUGCCCAGGUUCUUCAAGUUAGGUAUGGGGAAAAGAGCGAUGGACUUGUAACUUGUCGUGAUGCAGAGGUUCCUGGCUCGGUUGUGGUUCGUCCAAAGCGGAAAUUGGAUCAUGCUUGGAUGGUUUAUUCGUCAAUGAACAAUGAUCCAGGUGAAGCCGAUGCCUCCCAAGUAUGCGAGGCACUCCUUACUUUGUUGGUUGAAGUUGGGCAAAAGAAGAGACUCCUACCUUCCUUGAAGGACGACUGAACUCAAGAUUUAAAUCAUUUUUUGUUUCAUCUCUCUUUCAUGUUUUACCUAUCAUACUGUUAUUAGCUUUUGUUCUACAAUAUCCUCAGCAUCAAGAUCAGAUCUACGGAUUUGUAGACUUUUAUAUUAACACUAUUCCAGUGUUGUAGAAUUCUUGUACCUACGCUGUGGUAACUUAUUUGUAUAUGCUCAGAAAAAAAAAAUCUAUCGUUCUAUUAGGAAAAAAAAUAGAAUAAAAAUUCUUUAUACUA